CAUGCCACCAACUCUUCUGUUUCGCUUUUUGACGCUUGCCCUGUACUCAAUCUAACCUCAUGCAUAAUGUGACACAUUGCCGAUUUUGUCCAGCCAAUUUCUCCAUUCCAAUUCCCCAGGGCCUAUAAGUUUUAUGAGAGCUCCUAGGAGCCAUCAUUCCUCCUGUGUCUCUAGCCAAGCUCUUCAUCCGCCUCUCUCAUGGCCACUUCUUCACCAUCUAGAGUCAUGCCGUGGCACACUGCCUUGCUCAUGGCUCUGCUCUCCUCUCUCCAAUGUCUCUCCCUCGCGAAGCUUCAAGUAGGCUUUUACUCCAAUUCAUGCCCAAAUGCUGAGUCCAUUGUCCGCUCAGUUGUGAGGGCGGCUGCCUCCUCUGACCCCACUGUACCUGCAGCUCUCCUCAGGCUCCACUACCAUGACUGCAUUGUUCAAGGUUGCGAUGCAUCAAUACUGAUCGAGAAGACAGAUGCUAAGCGCCCGGAGAAGCAGGCGCAGAGCCACGCCGGGCUGCGAGGCCUCGAUGUGAUAGACCGAGCGAAAGCCCAGUUGGAAACUGCAUGCCCGGGCGUUGUCUCCUGUGCAGACAUAGUAGCCCUCGCAGCUCGCGAUUCUGUUGUUCUGAGUCGAGGACCAAAUUAUAAAGUCCCCACAGGCCGAAGAGAUGGUCGAGUUUCUAACGAAACUGAUGCAGCAAACAUGCCUGAUGUCAAUGAUACAAUAGCAGCGCUCAGAGCAAAAUUCGCACAGAAGGGCCUUUCAGAAAAAGAUCUAGUGGUCCUCAGUGGGGCGCAUACAAUUGGAACAACUGCAUGCUUCUUCAUAGAAAAACGGCUCUAUAAUUUUGUUCCUGGUGGUGGAUCAGAUCCAACCAUAAAUCCUCGGUUCCUUCCCGAGCUCCAGUCCCAGUGUCCCAAAGGAGGAGGCACCAAUGCUCGAUUACCACUCGACCGAGGGAGCGAAAAAGUUUUCGACAUGCAGAUACUAAGCAACAUCCAAUCGGGGUUCGGAGUGAUAGAAUCUGAUGCUAACCUCUACAACAAUGCCCGGACGAAGGCGAUCAUCGACUCUUACCUCGACUCCAUGAAUUCGAUCGUCGGGCCAUCCUUUGAAUCCGACUUCGUUAGGUCGAUAGUGAAAAUGGGAAAGAUUGGCGUGCUGACAGGGACUGAAGGAGAAAUCAGGCAAGUAUGUUCAGCUUUUAACUGAUGCUCGUGUAGUGGUUGUAUUGCAUUGCAAUGCUCUGCCUCUGCAUGCAAUGUGUCUCUGCAAAUGAAUGAUAUAAAGGUCUAAUAGAAUCCCUCAUAAAUAGUUUCUGUAAACUCCAUUUUUCUAAUAAAGGCCGGGAAAGCCUCCCUCUUCAUCAAAGAAGAAGAAGAAGAAGAAGAAGAAUAAGAAGAUAUGCAGUUCUUAUAGAACUCCGUUGUAUGGUGUGACAAAGGAACUCUUUCUGUGGCCUUCUGAGGUGUGAAAGUGGUUGCAAGCUAUGGCCUAUGAAUGUGGGUUUUCAAGGACUACUAGGACAACCAUUCUGAAAUUAACACACUAGAAGUUAGGAGAUCAUGGAAUUAGAAAGCACUGAAGGGCAAAAAGGUUUAUAUUUUGCUCUAAUGCUGUGAUUUGGAUGCUGUCUACUCCCCUUAUUCUCAUUUUAUUUUAUUUGUUUAUUUUCAUUU